AUGGGGUUGUGUUCAUCUAUGCAUCAUGAAACUGAUUUAUCAGCAUCUUUGAGAUUAAAAGCUUUAUAAAUAUUCUAAAAAAUUGAUAAAGAGAAUAAAGGAGUAAUUGACAAGAAAACCACACAAUAAUUUUGGUAAAUAUUCACACAUUUACACUUAUAAGGUAAUCUAACUUUGCUAAAAUUAAUACUGAAGCUCUAUUUAAAGCAGUAGAUUUUGAUAAUUCUGGUGAUAUCACUAUUUAAGAGUGGUUGACAUUUUGGAAAAUUGUAAAGAAAACUGGUUAUACUGAAUAGGAAAUUAAUGAAGAGGUAUACUAAAAGUUCUAUAAAUAGCUUGAUGAAUUAAUGUAAGGGAAGGCUUGGGUUUAAUUUAGAGUAGUAGAUCAAUUUAUUUAAGUUGAUAAAAAUAGGAGAAGAUCACAAAUCCCUUAAAUAGUAAUGUAGGAACAAUUAAUGACUUUAAGAAAAACUAAAACAGUCGAAAUGAAAUGA